UGGAAAGCCACCGCUCACCUUCUCGCUCGCUCCCCCACCGAACGCCUCUUGGUGGGAGAAGAAUUGGCCGAAAAGCUUCGCGUUGGCUGGCCGGGAUCUCUCCGUCUUUAAUUACCGGACCCCUGGGGGGAUUCCCUGCUGCCUCAUUAGACCAGACCAGACAGGGAGACAGGGAGAGGGUUGGGGAGGGAGGAGAGGAGAGACACAAACAACGGGUGGUCGCUGGGAAGAGGAAGAAGAGGCCCGCGGGGAAGCGGAGGGAUCCAGAAGAAGAUGAGGCAGUGGGUCCUGGCCGUCGCCAUUCUCGCCGCUGCUUCGGCGGCGGCGCUCCUCCUCGGGGCCGAGGCCCAGCAGCAGGGCCACCAGACAGAGAGGAUCUCAGGAAGCGCCGGCGACGUGCUGGAAGACAACCCCGUCGGGAGGCUAAAGGUGUACGUGUACGACCUCCCCAGCAAGUACAACAAGAAGCUGCUGAAGAAGGACCCCAGGUGCCUGAGCCACAUGUUCGCCGCGGAGAUCUUCAUGCACCGGUUCCUGCUGUCGAGCGCCGUCCGGACCUUCAACCCCGAGGAGGCGGACUGGUUCUACACGCCCGUGUACACCACCUGCGACCUGACCCCGUCCGGCCUCCCGCUCCCCUUCAAGUCCCCCCGGAUGAUGCGCAGCGCCAUCGAGCUCGUCGCCACCAACUGGCCGUACUGGAACAGGUCGGAGGGCGCCGACCACUUCUUCGUCACGCCACAUGACUUUGGCGCUUGCUUCCAUUAUCAGGAAGAGAAAGCGAUCGGACGCGGGAUCCUUCCCUUGCUCCAGCGUGCCACGCUGGUCCAGACCUUCGGACAGAAGAACCAUGUCUGCCUCAAGGACGGGUCCAUCACAAUCCCGCCGUUCGCGCCUCCCCAGAAGAUGCAGGCUCACCUUAUCCCUGCGGACACCCCGCGCUCCAUCUUCGUCUACUUCCGCGGUCUGUUCUACGACACCAGCAACGAUCCCGAGGGCGGUUACUACGCGAGGGGCGCACGCGCGUCGGUCUGGGAGAACUUCAAGAACAACCCGCUCUUCGACAUCUCGACGGACCACCCGGCGACGUACUACGAGGACAUGCAGCGCUCGGUGUUCUGCCUGUGCCCGCUGGGCUGGGCGCCGUGGAGCCCGAGGCUGGUGGAGGCGGUGGUGUUCGGCUGCAUCCCCGUGAUCGUCGCCGACGACAUCGUGCUGCCCUUCGCGGACGCCAUCCCGUGGGAGGACAUCGGCGUGUUCGUCGCGGAGGAGGACGUCCCCAGGCUCGACACCAUCCUCACGUCCAUCCCCACCGACGUCGUCCUGCGGAAGCAGCGCCUCCUCGCCAACCCGUCCAUGAAGCAGGCCAUGCUGUUCCCGCAGCCCGCCCAGGCGGGAGACGCGUUCCACCAGAUCCUCAACGGCCUCGCGCGCAAGCUCCCGCACGGGGACGGCGUCUUCCUCAAGCCCGGGGACGAGAGGGUCCUCAACUGGACCGCAGGACCGCCUGGCGACCUCAAGCCUUGGUAGCAUCGUACGUUCGUGCGCCCUAUAAGUUACCAUGGCUGCAUGCAUAUACACUGCUGACAACAAGCCAAUUAAGUGUACAUUUUUUUGGUAUCUUCUUUCUUCCUUCCUUCCUUAUAUAUAGCUGCAAUACCGUAUACGUUCAUCUCUCUCUCUAUCUCCUUAUAUAUAGAUGAUGAGAACCAUGUGGAUACCGUAGUCGAAAUCUACAACAGUUUACUUAC